AUGUGGCUCACGCUGCUGCUGCUGGUGGCCGUGGGCACGCUGACACUGGGGCUGGUGGCCCAUCGGCUGCUGGCCCCGGCUGGCAACCCCUUUGCCCAGCCACCCCCAGGGCCCCCCCGGCCGCUGGUGAUGGAGCAGCAAGCCCGUGACAGGGUCCUGAAGCGGGGGGUCGGCGCCCAGCGGGUGCCGGCGGCGCUGGACGCGGUGGUGAUCGGCAGCGGCAUAGGGGGGCUGACGGCAGCCGGGACCCUGGCCAAGGUGGGCAAACGGGUGUUGGUGCUGGAGCAGCACGACCAGGCUGGGGGCUGCUGCCACACUUUCCAGGAGCACGGCAGCGAGUUCGACGUCGGCAUCCACUACGUGGGGCAGAUGCAUGAGGGCAGCAUGCUGCGUGUGGCGCUGGACCAGCUGACGGACGGGCAACUGUGCUGGCAGCGCCUGCCUGACCCCUAUGACGAGGUGGUCCUGGGCCACCGGCGCUACCAGCUCCGCGCCGGCAAGGCCACCUUCGCCGCCACCCUGGAGGAGCAGUUCCCUGCAGAGAAGGAGGCCAUCAAGGAGUUCAUGAGGAUCUCCAAGAUGAUGUCGCGACACGUGGCGCUGCUGGCGGUGCUGAAGCUGGUGCCGCACUGGGUGGCCGCGCUCCUGCUCCGCACCGGGCUCCUCCACCGCCUCUCGCCCGUGUUCCGCAUGGCGGCCACCAGCCACAGCGACGCCGUGGCCCAGCUGACGGCCGACCCCCACCUGCGCAGCUGCCUCUUCUACGGCACGGCCCCACAGGACUCCAGUUUCCUGGUGAACGUGCUGAUGCUGCACCACUACCAGCGGGGGGCCUGG